AUGCAGAGCGCCGGCGAUACCCUUCGGUGUUGGGACCCGGAGACUGGUGGUGGUGAAUACAGAAUUCCGAGCAACACGUGGAGCUGCGCAGAAAACUUUGGGACAUGUGAUUGUCCCCCGCUGAAAGCUGACCCUGACAUUGCGGGACAAGGUGUAACCGCAUCUUUGUUUAUAUCUGCCAUUAUCACUGCUUUGAUAGCAAAGGUCUGUUACGACGUGGCCCUCUGCUUGGGAGAUCAGCAACUGGUUACCUCCAUCGCCCUUCUUAUUGCAGCAAUCAAAAAGCUCCACAUCGACGGGUCAAUUAGCGUCUACCACUUUACCUACGUCAUGAACAUUGCCUUUCUCACUUCGGCAGCCUAUAUGUACACAACCAUUACCCAUUGGAGUAUGAAGGACAUGGAUGAACCAAAGGAUGAUAAUGGUGAUGAUGAUGAUGAUGAUGAUGAUGAUGACGCCCCUGAUACCAAGAACCCCAAGCCAUUCCUCACCUGGAAACGACUCCGAAACAGAUUACCAUGGACGUUGAGAUUGCUGCUCAUGUACACCCUGCACUUAUUGCUGCUCUACAGCAGCCGAUCAGCCGCCCGCGAGGAUUGGAAGGUACCCCAAGGCUGUCCCGCGCUCUGUGUGAUGAAGAACUCCCCCUUUGGCGGGGAAGGAAGGAAGUGGAUGAUGGUGACAUAUCUUUGGAUCAUUUCAUCUAACAUUGCCGGCCUAGUUGACACCUUAUCAUUCUUCACUGGCAGGAUCUGGCCCUGGUGGGUUCUUUACAUGCGUUCAAAACUUAUUGAUGAGAGGAGGAGGCUCCCAACCACUCUUGGAUCAAGAGAGGAACGCACUGAGCAAGCAGAUAGUCUUGUGAUGACGAGACUAUGGUCAUGGUUCCCGAUGACAGUGAAGAAGAGAUCUCCGACAGACCUGGGAAUUGUUUACCGCAACGGGUAUCAUCAGAUGGACGCUCUUCCAACCGUGCUUGAAGAUAGCCGGCCAUCGAGAAUCCUUGUCACUACACAACGGCACUCCAGGAGCCAAUCACGAGAUCCAGAAGGACAAUUAUGCUUUGCGACCGUUCUAUUUACUGGGCGGUGGAUACUUCGACCAGUCAAAGCCGUCCUUUCUCGCCUUUGGCUGCUCAAAACCUCAAAGUUCUGUCAGCUUCUCGAGACGACAGUUUGGUUCUUCUUGUACUUUUUAUGGGCCGUCAAAUGCAGGUUCUUGGGCCAAGACGCAAUGGACGAGGAGGAAUAUGAGGCCGAGCGAGCCAUGGGGUUUGGGCAGAUCAUUUCUGUCUUUUUCCUGAUCACUUUUGUUUUGCAAGUGUUCGACUCUCUCAAAGGUAACCUGGCCAUCUUGAAAGUGGUUGAAGAUCCAUCUGCAAUGUCGCUUGAUCAGCCUUUCGCCAUGUUUCUCGACGUGGGAUUUGUUGCCCCUAACUUUUUAACCUUCAGGAAACACGGGAUUCUGACGGUCCUUCCUGCAUACCUCUACAAAGUCAACAUGGAGUCCGAAUUCAUUCGUUGCUGGCGGGAGGCAGAUGACGGAAAUCACACGCGUGUUUACUACAACAUCACGAACGACCAGUGGAACUGUGCAGAGCACUAUGGUCAUUGUGACUCUUGUCCCAAACUUCAAGGAGAUCCUGACAUAGCAGGGAUCGGUGUAUUUGUUGCGUUUAUGGUCUCCGUUAGCCUUACCGCUCUACUGGGCAUUAUCUUUCCCGUAUUAUCCGCAGCACUACGACCGAGGGCUACUGUCAUUCACGAUUGUCUAGACAUCCUUCUAGAAAAAGCCGCGAGAAGAACCAUUCUCAUAAGACUGGGGAUCAAGAAAGCCGAACGCUGGGCGUUAAUAUGCUACAGUUCGGUCUUCAGCCUGGGCGAUCAACAACUCACAACCGCCUUCGCCCUGUUGGUAGCAACACUCAAGAAACUCUACAGCGAUCAGAGCCUCAGCGUCUAUCACUUGAAGUUGGUCAUGAACUUGGCAUGCCUGAGCAACUGCGUCUACGCCUACGCUAUCAUUUCCUUGCGGAUAAAGAUGGAUUUGAAGCAGCCCAUCGAUCGCGCGGAAGGAUCCCCGGCGCCGCCGCCGCCGCGGCGGGUGAAGAACAAACAACCCAUGGUGAAUUUGUCCAUGCGGUUGCGGAGCAUCCUUAUGCUGACGGUGACGGCGUUGCUCCUCUACACCGGCUGGAUCGCGGCCAGGGUCGAUGGCCUGGAACCCAAUUGUCCAGCUCUGUGCUUCAAGCAUAUCCCAGCAAAGGGCGAGGCAGCAAAGCUGUUUGACUCCGUUUCAGAGACUAAAGAAGAAACCCAUGUGCAAGAUAAAGUAGAGCGAGGGACUCAGACGGAGAGCAGGGUCGAGCACGACGAGGUUGAGGACGGGCCAGAAGGGCGAUCAAUUACACCUUCAAACAUGGCUUAG